AAUGUAAAGCAGGCCGGUCAGAUCAGCAAACAAUACAAACAAGUAGAGGAACGGCAUGCUAGUCGGAUCAUACGACCAUGGGAAUACCCGCUAAACAGCCUCUAAAUCAGCCUCUAACAAUGCUAGUGAAAGAUAUAGGGAUACGCUUAAAGGGGACUCCAUUUUCAGUGCUAGGAAUAGCUAAAUCUAUUCCCAAGGAUUAAUUGAUAAUAGAUUUUACAGUAACUUUAGCUUUUAUUUUUAGGUGUUUUGUACAGUUACGCCCUUUGCCUAGAGAUGACACAUCUUCACUUGUAUCUUCCUGCGAUUUGUACCGAUUAACUUGUACAAAUUUCGAUUAAUUGGUCAGGGGUAUCGUUGCAUAUAAUAUCUUAUUUAUAUCUUAUAGCCCAUGGAUCUGUUAUUUAUCGAGUGUUCCGCCAGAGCAAAACAAUAUACCCUUGAACUCCCCUCCCGCAUUCCGUGGUACAACAACAUCUACAUACAUAGAUCUCUCAACACUUGAACAGCUAUAAAAGCGAAUCUUGGGCGAGUUUGAACUUUGGAAUGAUGUCAUUUGAGUCACUCUCCCUCUCUCUUGCUCUUUGAAUCACCUAUCGCUUCAUGCGUAAGGCGAAUGAUCGCACAAUCCCCUCCAACGUUACUGACUGAGUGAUCGAUCGCUCUGUGCAGAAGCAGAAGUUGAAGGUGAAGGUGAAGGUGACCCUGGCACACGUGAACCGCAAAUUGCGCUCAAAGUUCGCCCCCAAAAUCCGCAUCCGCCAACCAGUUCCACGCUGUGUGAAGUACCGAAAUCUCCAAGCCAAUUUCCAUGGUACUUGUAGCGGUAAUCGCCAUACGACAUCGCCAACAAUUUCAUCAUCCUCCUCUUUUGUCCGGUCAACUUCGGGUGAAUUCGCUAUAAAUAGACGCGGCGAAUGGGAAUUCAUUGCGAGAUAAGAACACCGAGGGGCCGAGUCAAUGGAAAGUGGAGCGCUAUGGCAGGCAGGGGAAGUCCCCCGAAGUUCUAUGAAAGGGAGAGCUUAAAUAUAGGAAACUCCCAUCCUCUGAAACUAUGAUAAGAGUAGAGUCUUCUGUGUGCAUAACAUUGUUAAAGUAGAGCUUAAUAUAAGAAAAAAGCAUAGAUUCUAGACAAUUUGAAAAUAUCUCGAAGGAAUGCUACUGGGAAGCAUCUUGGCAAUUGGUGACUUUUGAAAUGGCCCUCUGAAUCCAUCAAUGGUUAGCGUCAAGGACCUGUAGAAUACAAAUAUGCUGUUCCUUUUUGGUUUUCGGAGCAUAUUUUCGGGAAAAGAACUCUGCAGAUCCUAACCCUAUUUGAAAACCCGUUUGAAAUUCAAACGCAGUACCGGAAUCGCCCCAUCCGGCAGCACUGCGACUUUUGAUCGUGUUGGUUAUCGAUAGAAGGACAGAGCGUCUGAAGUCUGUGUUUACAUUUGAAGAGUUAAAAAUGGAAGAAGAGAACAGCGACGAGCAGUUUUUGGAGAAGUUUUCCAAAAUGUCCUUCUCGUACAAUGCGUUCAGGGACUUCAUUAACCACCAGGAGGUGAUUAUCCAGGACGAUGUGGUGAUGACGGCCUUUUGCGAUGCGAUUCGGCAUGCACACAUCUUCGAAGGCGCCACAGUGCUCGAGGUGGACUGCGGCAGUGCCCUGUUUUCGAUGUUGGUGGCCAAGCAAGGAGCCGCCCGGGUGUUUGCCGUGGACUCUGGCAAUGCGGCGCAGGUGGCGCGCCAGUUGGUGCGCGAGAACGGCCUGGACAGCGUGAUUGAGGUGAUUCAGGGCGACAUUCGGACACUGAAGCUUCCCCCAGUCGAUGUCAUAGUAUCCAAGUGGAUGGGGGCCUGUCUGUUGUAUAGCUCGGCUUUGGAUCGGGUCAUCUAUGCGCGCGACAAGUGGCUCAAGCCCAACGGAUGCAUCUUUCCCGACACGGCCAGGCUCUAUCUCUCGGUGGCCGAGGACAGGAAUACGGAACAGCCCAGGCAUUUCUGGUCGCGCUUUUACGGCUUUAAUAUGUCCCAUGCGGCAGGCAUUGUCCAGCAGCUACCGAAAGUGGGUUGCGUGCUGGCACGCCAGAUACUCGCCAAACCGCAGGAGAUAUGGAAAAUGGAUCUGCGUACCAUCAAGAGCGACCAACUGAGCUUCAAAGUGCCCUUUCAACUGCUCGUGCAGCGUCAGGAGAUCAUCGAUCUGUUUGUCGUGCACUUUGACUUUAGCUUCUCGGGCGGCACCGAUGAGAAGGUGGUGUCCACCAGUCCCUGGGCUCCGAGCACCCACUGGCAGCAGACUCUCUUCCACAUCGAUCAGCAUCUACCCAUAUGCAGAGGCGAAAAAUUCUCGGGCAACUUUGCCGUUUCUCGUGGGGCCAACUACCUGGACUUUGACAUCGAGUGGGGCUUCCGCAACAAGCUGGUAAAGAUUAAGGAACACAAGCAAAUCUUUCGCUUGGGUGGCGGCUGCAAGGACAAGCGAUAGCCCAAGGAUGGGGCUGCAUGAUGACUGAGAGACUGCCAUUGAAUGGAAAGUAAUAUAAGUUUUAUUUUAAGCGUAAAAUACUAGCCUGCGAGGAGUGCUUGAGAUUUUUUUUGCCGAAGGAAGGCGGCACCUUUUUUUUUUUGAGUAUAUAUGUACAUAAGUAUAUAAAUAUAAGUAUAUCUCUGUAGAUUAUUUGUUUGCCCAAGAGAGCUUCUACUGUAUUUGAUCUGUACUGUAUCCCCAUCCCAGGGUCACUCGUCAUUACAUAUACGCCUCAUCGGACGAACCUACCGCAAUGGCGGCCCCAAGAGCCAAAAAAAGCCCAAGUACCAAUUAGCAGGGGUCUAAACAGAGAGCGGCCCGAAGAGAGCGAAAGGCUAAGAACGAGUGCGGGGGUAAAGAGAGAGAGAAGAGAGAAUUCUAUUGCUGCUAUAAA